AUGAAAGAUAAUGAAAAAAAAAAUGAGUAUGGAACUUUUCCAAUAACUAUAAAUGAAGGUUAUUCAGAUAAUGUAGGUGAUAAUAAAUUGAAGAGUAAAGGGAUAUAUCAUAAAUUAUUUGAGAAAUUAAAAUUGGCGUUGUUAUUUUUAACGUGGUAUACAUUAAAUGUAUUAUAUAAUGUAGAUAAUAAAAAAGCAUUAAACAUGGUUAAAUUACCUUGGUUUAUUAGUUCGAUGCAAUUAUAUGUAGGAUGGAUAUUUAUAUUUAUAUAUUGGAUAAGUGGAAUGAAAAAAAUCCCCAAGAUAUAUUCAUAUGAUAUAUUUAUAAGAAAUAUAUUAAUUCAAAGUGUAUGUCAUAUAUUUGUUCAUUUUGGUGCUGUCAUGGCUAUGUCAGCAACUAGUGUUUCCUUUACACAUGUAGUAAAAGCAUGUGAACCUGUAUUUACAGCCAUUUUUUCAAUUUUACUUUUAAAACAAUAUUUAAAAAUAAAUAAAUAUAUAGCCUUAUUAAUUAUUGUAGGUGGUGUUGUUUGUGCAUCUAUGAAAGAAUUACAUUUUACUUGGAUAGCUUUUUGGUGUGCAACCUUAUCAAAUUUUGGUUCAUCUAUGAGAUCUAUUUACGCAAAAAAAAUGAUGACACAAAAAUCUCUUAUAGGUGAAAAUCUAAAUGCAUCUAAUAUUUAUUCAUUUAUUACCAUUAUUUCAGCCUUAAUUUCUUUACCUUUAGUUCUAGCAUUCGAAGGAAAAGAAACUUAUAAUUUCUUAGUUAACUAUCAAGGUACAAAUUAUACUUUUAAAGAUGUUAUUUUUAAAAUCAUAUUAAGUGGAAUGUGGUACUAUUUUAAUAAUGAAGUUGCUUUUAUGUGCCUUGAAAGAGUUAACCAAAUCACGCAUGCACUUGCAAAUUCAAUUAAAAGAGUUGUUAUCAUUGUUUCAUCAAUAAUUAUAUUUAAAACACAAAUAACAUUACUUGGAGCUAUAGGAUCAGCUGUUGCAAUAUUCGGUGCUUUCUUGUAUUCAAUCUUUUAA